UCGGGUGGGGCUUUUAUCUGGUAUCCACACCACACCCUCCGUCACUCUCCUUGCGCAAACACGCUAUAUAAUCGGACCGACAACACCGCGCUUUCUCCAGUCAUUGUCCUUCUCUCUAAUCCCGCUCCACACACUAUAAUCGUCGGUCAUGUUUCGCUGUGGGAUCGCCUACCCCCGAUGCAGGUGGAUCGUGCCCCUGCUGCUCCUCUUCGCCAUUAUUUUUGACAUUGUCGCCAUCGCCGCCACCUCGGGAUGGGUCGAGGACGAGGACGCCAAAUCGCACUACGCCAGUAUGUGGCAGCAGUGCAGAGGCAGGAAUGACGAGUGGAACUGCAAGUCGCUCUCGGAGUACUCUUGGGCCCAGGCAGUGGCUGCUCUGAUGAUUAUUGGCCUCCUUAUCCUCAUCAUCGCCUUCAUCAUCUCCAUUGUGGCUCUGUGCUGCACACUCAACAUUGCCCUCCUGCCCGUCAUAGGAGUACUGUUGAUCAUUGUUGUGAUUCUCCAGGUCAUCGCUCUGAUCAUCUACCCUGUCAAAUUCAACGAGCUGAUCUUCGAGGGCAACUAUUACUACACCUGGGCCUACGGCUUUGGCUGGGGCGCAACCAUCCUCUCCAUCGGCUGUGCCGUCCUGUUCUGCUGCCUGCCACGUUAUGAGAAUGAGCUGAGAGACGAGUCCAAGAUUAAAUACAUCUAUUCGUCUUCUUAAAGACAAAACCCGCACACUCACCCACUUUCAGCCAUUUCCACUUUCCACUCUGAGCCAGAUCUGUGUUAGCCAUUGAACAUUUUUACACUGUACCAUUUCAUCAGAGAUCGACAAUGGUUCAGUUAAAUUUGGUUCGGCAGUGGAACAAGAACUGCAUCUGCUUUAAUGUACAGACCUCUAUUAUAGAUUAAGUCAGUAUCAUAAAAAUGUUUUUUACCAUGCCGUUUUUUUUUCAUUCUGCAUUUGAAUGAAACAUAUUUCUUAUUUUAGCUGUACUUUUUACUUACUGUAAUUCUCAAUGCAAGAUCACCCAAGUGCACUUGCUGGACCUAAUUUUGUGUAUAGCUUAGCUUUAGCCUGAUUUAUUUUAGAUUUCCUAAAACCUUGGUAAAACGGCCACUCACCCACGGGAUGUAAAAGGAAUCAUUAAUGAUCAUUUGGUUUUGUCCCAUGUGUUAUAGUUUGUUUUUCCUCAGUUCUUCUAUGUGGGUAUUAUUAUUAAUGUAAUCUGUCUGCAUUUAAAAAUGUACAUGUAGUGUAACAGUCGUGUGUUUGCAACAUUUUUAGACAUUUGUUUUGAUAAAUAUUAUGUGCUGUUUGUCUCCAGCAUUUUUAAUUCUUAUUUACCAAAGGGGUAUCCUGAGGGAGUUUGCUAUGCUGUCUUUGUUUCUGUUCUUAACACUACUAAUAAUACACUUUGUGAGUAGACACAGCGGUUUUAGUUGGUUGAUUACUUGGCUGCAGUUGUUGUUUCCUUUCACUUUAAACUGGACGCAAAUUUAAGAUGAAUUUACACUAAGUUUUAUAAUGAAUCUGCCUCAUGCAAAUUCUUACACAGAAGUUUCCACGUGUACUUUUUCCCCCAGACUUUAAAAAAAAAUAGUAUUCCCUGUUAUUUUACAAGCUGUGGCUGAAAUGGCAAAAAUAUCUAGAAAUCUUCUGUAGAAAUGCCACAAUCAGUUUUUCAGUCCAAGUGCUUGUUAGCUGCCUUGUUAAAUAAUGAUGUCACGUGUAAAGAUUUUGCUUUAAAGCGAACACUAAAAACUCAAAAGCUCAUUCUGUGUUUUUCAUGUCUUGUUGCUUCAAAGUAGUGCAUUUAGAGAGGAGAUUAAACCGUUUUUCACUCGAGUUUUAUGAAAGACUAAAGGAUUUUUUUCAGGCGUAGAAAGGUGAUCAAUCACGUAUUUUCAUCUCAUAAGUUUUUGAUAAUGCUCCUUUGGCUAAUCAUCUGCUGGUUUGAUGAGACACACAGACCAAGGUGUAAAAUCUUCUGACAUACUGUGUCUAAAACUUGUGCCUUAGCUGCUUCAGUGUUGAAUGUCCUAUCAAACUGGUCAGUCUGGUUUUACUGACUCUCACAAAGUAAUCCUUCACGCAGCUGUUCAUGCCCAGACCAAAUUCGUGCCCAAACAAGAUCAAGUUAUUUUGUUUUAGUAAAUAAAGUAGUUCUUAGGAAAGAUCAUUUGUGACUAUUGAAUGAAAAAUGAGAUGUGUAGAACCUUAGAUUAGUAGUCAAAGAAACAACCCCAGUUUCUGCUUUUAUUGUUUAACUUGGAGUCUUUCAGGUUGUUUAUGCAGUGAAUUGCUGCAUAAAUAACUUGUAUAAAUUUAGAAUUUGGUAGAAGUUUUUACUGAGAAUGAGAACAGAUUCAGGCAGGUUUACGCUUGGAGAAACUACCUGGAUGUAUUGACUGUGAGGUGAAAAACGUGUUUUUACUCUACAGGCAUGAAUCUGUGUUUUUAAUGCCAGCCUUUGUAUUUGUCACUAUAUAGGCAUAUACUGUACUAUAAAGAAUGUAUUAACAUUUCACCCACUUCUGGAAUUCACCCAUCUGUUCUUCUGCUGUAUGAAUUGAUUGAUAUUUUUGGUAGUCGGAGUAUUUUAUGCAAUAAAGAGUUUCUUUUUUAAAGCGGUAA